CACUUACAUAAAUGUAUUUCACCUCAAAUGUUCAACGUCGCAUCCCGGGAUAUCAAAAAGAACUUGAACAAUAUAUACACUUGAUGGAAUAGUGAGUGACAUGUCGCAUCGAGUACUAGUAGUAUUACCUAUCUCAAAUGAACCUACACUCUUCAGUCUUCCUUCGAACGGCCCGGGCGUUUUCUCUUUUUCAGCCUACAAAUGCAGUGUCACCAACCAUGCCACCGGCAUUGACUAUCAUGGACAAUCAGGGAUCAGCUGGAGUUACUACAUAAGGCAAAGAGUCACCUGGUCGGAACAAGCUUCUCCGAAUGUGUCUGGGGAGACCAGAUGCUGUCAAAAACGACUUAGGUACAUACUCGAGCAAGCUUGGUUUGAUAAUAGAACAAUAGAGUCUGCUUCUCAUCAUUAGAUGUGAUACUCAAAAUGAAUCAAAUCAUAUAAACAAGUAUCGUGAUUUUGUGAUGGCCCUCGUAACUCGUCCGACCGGUACCGCCGCCCUCAUACUCACCAUAGUCGCCGUACUAGUCCCAGCUCUCUACCGCUCUGUAUCCCCGUUCCUGACCACACUACUCACUCCGCUCCUCACCUCUUUUCCGCCAUCCAUCUCCCAUAUCUAUAACCAACCUGCUGAAAUCCUUUCCUCUCCUUAUUCAUCUCACUCUCCCUCCUACCCUUCCCCCACCUGCCUCCCCCACACGUACAAAACCGAGAUCAUCUCCAUCGACCCCCUUCUAAUCUACAUUGACUCGUUCCUCUCACCGACCGAGAUAGAGGCCCUCCUCGAAGCCGGCGAGCGCGAGUUCGCCCCCUCUCAAAUCUACAAAAGCGGCCGCAAUGGCGGGUCAGCCACCCGCACUUCCUCCUCGGCUGGCCUCCCGCGUGACAACCCGGCGGUCCAGUGCGUGUUGCGCCGGGCGGAGGCGUUCCUCGGCACCAUGCUAGACUCGGCGCGCGAUGACAUCGGCCCGCCGCAGCUGGUGCGCUACACGGCUGGCCAGCGGUUCAACCGCCACCAUGAUGAUAAAGAGAAAGAGCCCGUUAUUAACUCCCCCAUCUUCCUUUCCUGCCCACAGUGGUACGAGCACCCGCAGCCCCACCGCCGCGGCAUGCUCGGGCGCGGGAAAAGCUGGAACCGCGUCGCGAGCUUCUUCGCCAUCCUGCAGGACCGGUGCACCGGCGGCGAGACGUGGUUCCCGUACGUGAACACGACUGCGCCCGCACCGCCACCGCCACCUCCAACGACAAACGACAACAACAGCAAUACCACCAGCAGCAGCAGCAGCAGCAGCAGCAGCAGCGUGUGGAGGCGACACGAGGACGGCGGUCUCGCGUUCAAACCCGUGGCGGGCAAUGCCCUGUUCUGGGUCAACCUGUUCGCGAACGGCACGGGAGACGACCGCACCAUACAUGCGGGCUUGCCGGUGGGAGAGGGGCUCAAGACUGCGAUGAAUAUCUGGCCUCGCAAGUUCUAUGAGUGAGGAGGGAAUUUGUUUGUUUCUUUGUGUUAUCUUACCCUGGGACAAGUUUGCUUUGGGAAGGGGGGGGGAUGGGGAUGGGGGAUAUUCAUGAUUCCUAACCUGGGUAUAACUUUGGGGGUAGCGAGUUCCUAGUUGCUUUAAUAUCAAUGACCUCUCAACUUUCAUUCUUCUCUUAUACUUAUACUUUGAGCUCAGCGGUCAAUUUAUC